AUGGCACUCAGGGCGAAGGCACAUGUGUGGCUGGCAAGACCCUGGCAGUGCCUGCACAGGAUGAGGGCACUGGGCACCACAGCAGCACUGGCCCCCAAGGCACUGCAGCCCUUUGAAGCCAUCCCCCUGUACUCCAGAAACAAGUGGCUGAAGAUGAUACAGAUCCUGAGGGAGCAGGGCCAGGAGAACCUGCACCUGGAGAUGCAUCAGGUCUUCCAGGAGCUGGGGCCCAUUUUCAGGUACAGCAUAGGAAGAACACAGGUGGUGUCUGUGAUGCUGCCCGAGGAUGCUGAGAAGAUAUUCCAAGCAGACAGCACACAGCCCUGCCGCAAUGUCUUGGAGCCCUGGGUGGCCCACAGAGAACAGCGUGGCCUGAGGUGUGGCGUAUUCCUGCUAAAUGGGCCUGAAUGGCACUUCAACCGACUGAGGCUGAACCCGAGUGUGCUGUCACCAAAGGCCGUUCAAAAGUUUGUCCCCAUGGUGGACACGGUAGCAAGGGACUUCUUGGAGACCCUGAAGAAGAAGAUGCUGUUAAAUGCCCAUGGAAGCUUCUCCAUGGACUUUUAUUCCAGUAUGUUCAACUAUACCAUAGAAGCCAGCCACUUUGUCCUUUUUGGGGAGCGGCUGGGCCUCCUUGGCGAUGGCCUGAACUCUAGCAGUCUGAAGUUCAUCCAUGCCUUGCAAUCCAUGUUCAAGACCACCACACAGCUCCUGUUCUUGCCCCAGAGCCUGACUCGAUGGACAAACAGCCGGGCAUGGAAAGAGAAUUUUGAGUCCUGGGAUUUCAUCUCUGAGCAUGUCACAAAAUCCAUCAAGAAUGUGUAUCAAGAGCUGGCAAAGGGUCGCCCUCAGUCCUGGAGUGUCAUAUCAGAGCUGAUAUCAGAGGGUGCUCUGUCAAUGGAUGGCAUCCAGGCCAAUACUCUGGAGCUCACUGCUGGAAGUGUGGACACGACAGCAGUCCCCUUGGUAAUGACCCUCUUUGAGCUGGCUCGGAACCCGGACAUUCAGCGGGCACUUCGGCAGGAGAGCCUGGCCGCCGAGGCCAGCAUCGCUGCAAACCCUCAGAGGGCUUUGUCCGACCUGCCCCUGUUGCAGGCUGCCCUUAAAGAGACCUUGAGGCUCUAUCCUGUUGCCAGCUUUUUGGAGAGAGUUUUAAGCUCUGACUUGGUGCUUCAGAACUACCAUGUCCCUGCUGGGAUGGUCCUCAAUGUGAAUCUCUACUCCAUGGGCCGAAACCCUUCAGUAUUUCCGAGGCCUGAGCGCUACAUGCCCCAGCGCUGGCUGGAGAGGAAAGGGAGUUUCCAACACCUGUCCUUUGGCUUCGGGGUGCGCCAGUGCCUGGGGAGGCGAUUGGCUCAGGUGGAGAUGAUGCUCCUGCUGCACUAUGUGCUGAAAUCCUUCCAGGUGGAGACACUCAGGCAAGAGGAUGUGCAGAUGGUCUACCGCUUUGUUUUGGUGCCCACCCCCAGCCCCCUCCUCACCUUCCGGCCCGUCAGCUAGUCACACACCCUUUUUUGGUAUCCCGGGAGGCCAGCAGCUUCCUCCUGUUCCGAGGACAUGCUACCCCUCAUUGUAGUGGGUAGCCAUUCCAGGUUUGAUCUGGAAGUUCCAACCCCUACCGAGGC